GAAACCAGGGCUGCCUUCAUAUCGGCGCGCUUGCCGGACGUCAACAGGGGACAGGAGGACAAGAAGGCCGCGGUUAAUUCCCGAAUAAAAUCACUUUCAAAAGUUCCACCAAGGCGUCCGGCAUAGACGCACGCUAGCCGGAAAAGUUCGGGCCGUAUUCGAAGGUAGUUCCCGGGCUGCGCGGAGUCGUCUCGCCGGGAGGCGAGUCCGUCCGCGGCCCGACAGGAAGCGCCAUGGAGGGCCGCCACAUUACGGACGAGCCCGGCUCGGCCUUGGAGAAGAACGUGGCGGAGCUGACCGUCAUGGACGUCUACGACAUCGCCGCGGCGGUGGGCCAGGAGUUCGAGCGGAUCAUCGACCAGUACGGCUGCGAGGCUCUGUCCCGCCUCAUGCCCAAGGUGGUGCGCGUCUUGGAGAUCCUGGAGGUGAUGGUGAGCCGCCACAGCAUCGGCCCGGAGACCGACCAACUGCGCCUGGAGCUGGACAAGCUGAGGCUGGAGAGGACGGAGAGGGCGGAGAAGGAGAAGAAGCACAGGAAGGAGAUGGAGCUGGUGGAGGACGUGUGGAGAGGCGAGGCUCAAGACUUGCUCUCCCAGAUUGCUCUGCUGCAGGAGGAGAACCAGAGUCUCCUCAACAACAUGUCCUCCCGGGACCCCAUGACCGAGGAGGACCUGCAGCGGCACCAGGGCAUGAGCGAGAGAGAGCGGCAGGUGAUGAAGAAGCUGAAAGAGGUGGUGGACAAGCAGAGGGAUGAGAUCCGGGCCAAGGACAGAGAGCUGACCCUGAAGAACGAGGACAUCGAGGCGCUGCAGCAGCAGCAGGCGCGCCUGAUGAAGAUCAACCACGACCUGCGCCACAAGAUGUGGAUGGUGGAGGCGCAGGGCAAAGCGCUGAUCGAGCAGAAAGUGGAGCUGGAGGCCGGCGCUCAGACGCGGGGCCAGGAGGUGGGCGCCCUGCGGCAGGAAGUGGCGCGCCUGCGGGAGCGGCUGCGGGGAAGCCCGCCCGCGGGGGACGCCGCGCCUCGGACAGCGUCGCCUGCGCAGCAACCAUCUAAGGCGGCGGCGGUCGCUGCUUUUGAGCCGCUCAGCCCAGACGGCUAUGAUGAUGAUGAUGAGGAGGAGGAGGAGGAGGAGGAAGAAGCGGUGUUGCUUUGGCAGGAGGACAUGUGUGAUGACGACAUGUCUGCUGUGUACAAAUAUUUCACCAAGGAGGCGCAGUGCGAGGAGGAGGAGGAGGAGGGGGUGGAGGAGACGGACCCCCGGGACCCUAACAGAGCCAGGUUCACGCUGCAGGAGCUGAGGGACGUCCUUCACGAGAGGAACGAGCUCAAAGCCAAAGUCUUUAUGCUGCAGGAGGAGCUGACUUAUUACAAGAGUGAGGAGACGCAAGACGACAUGAUCUCCUCCUCACCGAGUCCUUCGCCCGAGCUAAGGAGUCGCUCGCGCUCGUCUUUGCAGCCUGAAUCUGGAAUCAAACGCCUCUUUAGUUUGUUCUCCCGUGACAAGCAGCGCAGUUGGCCGCGUGGAGGCGGAGUUGGAGGCUCGUGGUCGCCCAAAGAGGAGGGCGCGGACACGGAAGAAGCGCAGGAGGCCUUGCCGCACUUUUAGCCGCCGCACGCUCGGCACAUCAAAUAUGCAAAAAAAAAAAAAAGAGGCAUUGUUGUAUUUUUUUAUUUAACCUUUGCACACAGACGAGAACUAAGAAGGAGAAGAAAAACGGCCAUUUUUACUGAAGUCUGAAGGACUGAAACGCUUUCUUAUAAAAACUAACAUCAGCUUGGAAGGAUUUAUAACACCGACUGAAGCUUCGCGUUUAAGCUAAGCUAAUGUUUUUAUUUGUUCUGUAACUUAUUUUUUUUUGUACCAUUAUGAACAUUUUCAGCUCACUUCUCAUCGUGUUGGACUCCCUGCUGCUUUUCAUGCGGCGAAAGAAGCUUUGCACAUCACUGCUGUGUUGCCUUUAAAUUGCAAAGUUUUCAGGAAGUGCAGAAGAAGAAGAAGUGGGAGGAGCUUAUGUUUGCAUAUUUGUGUUUAAAGGCCUACUGAAAUGAGAUGUUCUUAUUUAAACGGGGAUAGCAGCUCCAUUCUAUGUGUCAUACUUGAUCAUUUCGCGAUAUUGCCAUAUUUUUGCUGAAAGGAUUUAGUAGAGAACAUCGACGAUAAAGUUUGCAACUUUUGGUCGCUAAUAAAAAAGCCUUGCCUGUACCGGAAGUAGCAGACGAUGUGCGCGUGACGUCACGGGUUGUGGAGCUCCUCACAUCUGAACAUUCUUUACAAUCAUGGCCACCAGCAGCCAGAGCGAUUCGGACCGAGAAAGCGACGAUUUCCCCAUUAAUUUCAGCGAGGAUGAAAGAUUCGUGGAUGAGGAAAGUGAGAGUGAAGAACUAGAAAAAAAAAAAAAGGCGAGGGCAUUUACUAAUGUAGCCGAGUGUCCUGAGUUCGCCUAUACAGCGUACUUAUAUAAUAAAAUAAUAAACGGGAGACAUUAAAGCAGGUACGGUAGCCACCGCUUCUUUAACGUAAACUCCUUUACACCUCUCUCUCCACAACCACACCCCCUACGUCACAGCCCCAUGGCAACUCUGAAAGGACAAAACUCCUCCUCCUCACACUCUCUGUUAACUUGGGACACCCUGAACUGUUUGUUACACUAGGAUAAUUCUGGAAAAUCCCUUAUCUGCUUAUUGUGUUACUAGUGUUUUAGUGAGAUUAUAUGGUCGUAUCUGGAAAGUCGGAGGGGUGUGGCCACAUUUCUGGACGAGGCAGAUGUAAGCAUCCGACGGUCGGGGGCGGCCGUUGAGAGGAGGCAAGAGAGUCCGCAGCUGCAGGAAGAACGGCGCAAACUCUCCGCUCAUGUCUACGGUAAGAGCCGACUUAUUACCACCAUUUUCUCACCGAAACCUGCUGGUUGACAUGUGUUAGGGAACCAUGUUCGCUUGACCGCUCUGUUCCAUAGUAAAGCUUCACCGUCAUCUUUCGGGAAUGUAAACAAGGAAACACCGGCUGUGUUUGUGUCGCUAAAGGCGGCCGCAAUACACCGCUUCCCGCCUACAGCUUUCUUCUUUGACGUCUCCAUUUUUCAUUGAACAACUUGCGAAUAGAUUCAUCAACACAUGUCCAGAAUACUGUGGAAUUAUGCGAUUAAAGCAGACGACUUAUGGCUGGGAUCGGUACUGGAACAAAAUGCGUGACAUCAUACCGCGACAUUUUAGCAGGAUACUUCCACGGGAAAUUUUAAAUUGCAAUUUAGUAAACUAAAAAGGCCGUAUCGGCAUGUGUUGCAAUGUUAAUAUUUCAUCAUUGAUAUAUAAACUAUCAGACUGCGUGGUCGCUAGUAGUGGCUUUCAGUAGGUCUUUAAAUUGCAAUGUUUUCAGGAAGUGCAGAAGAAGAAGAAGUGGGCGGAGCAUAUUUUUGCAUAUUUGUGUUGAAUGUCAAAACCGGACAUGAAGACAUGCUACUGCAGUACUUCCGAGUCCCAACACAAGAAAUGUGAAAUUGUACCACAAGUCAUUCAUGACAUAACGCAUGGAAUAAAGUGUGUUGUUGCUUGCUAACGUUUCAAAAUAAAAAAUGGUUUAGGAGCUGAAAUGGGAAGAAAAACACUUUCAAAACGCUCCUUGAUGCCAUGAUUUGGAUUCUAGAA